UUAUAUUAUAUUUAUACAGGCGUUUAUGUUAUUCAAAUAUAUAUAUAACUUAUAUUAUGUUAUCGUUUUUGCUAGCACUUGUUAGUGACGCUGAUGUGAUAGUAUGUUUUCACAGGAUUAACGCAUUUUAAAACUUGAAUUAGAACAUUGGGGUUAUGUAACAUCUAACGGCAUAAAAGAUCUGUUAAUUUGGAAUAAACAAAAAUGAUCACUAUAUAUGUCUGGACAUUUCUAACACUUUUUACAUUCAACCAAACUUGGAUAUGUGAAGGACGUGAACUUCUACAGUACUUAAAUCGGAGGGAGACACCUGCUCGCGUUACUUAUAGUGGCACAAUUGUAGUCUUUAUGAACCACAACUAUGAUCCCCACAAUGCAAUAGACGGCUUAAAGGGUUCACCAGACGAGUGCAACUGCUGUGCUGGUUUUAAUCGGCCCGCAACUCUAACAAUUGAUUUAAAAACACCUUACCAUUUUAGUCACAUCGUGUUGCAUGCACGAUCUGAAACCGGUUUUGAGGAUCAUUUCCGCAACCUCAAUCUAGCUGUCAAAAGUACCGCCUCAACUGAGCAAUCGUAUCCUAUAUCUGCAACCAAUAAAACUUUUAUACUGAGCGCUUCAAAAGCACUUCAGGACGUACAGUCGAUUGUUAUCAGCAGCACUGGUGUAGGAUUUAUGGUGAUAUGCGAAGUGGAAAUAUUUCAACCAGAUGUCAACAUAACGUCUCAGUCAUCUACGUAUAGCACCUGUUUUGCGCAUAAUGCUAUAAAUGCUGAGACCUUUACGAACGCAGGGUUCAAUGAUCAGUUGCUUUGCCAGGCCUGCAGCGCGACAACAUUUGAAACGGAUCCGUGGUGGGAACUUGACUUAGGAAGUUUAAAAUUACUGAAACAGAUUAAAGUGUUUGGACGAACAGAUAUACUCUCCUCCCAAAGUACAAAUAUUGAACUGCGCAUAAGCAAUACAUCUUUGGGUGAAUCGCGAAACGGAACGCCAGAAAAUAUAUUAACGAUUUCAAUGCAACAAAUAGUUUUGUUUGACGGGCCUAGACUAGCUAGAAUCAUCAACAUAAAACAUGCACGUACAACCGUUGACACCAUCCUAACUGUUUGCCAAGUUGACGUGUAUGCAGGUGAUUGUUUAAAAGGCACAUACGGAGAUGCUUGUUCACGAUCAUGUCAUUGUAAGGACACGUGCGAUUAUGCGACAGGCGAUUGCAGUGCUUGCUUACCUGGAUGGACUUCAGCAAGUUGCGAUAAAGCGUGCGUCGGAUCCUACGGUGAAAACUGCUCUUACCUCUGCACCGGGAAUUGCCGUAACAACGAAACUUGCAAUAUUGAGAACGGACAUUGCUUACACGGCUGUAAGCCUGGAUACGAUUUUAGCAAGGACCCUUUGUGUAAUACAGUUUGCAGACAUAUCAACAUCCCGCAUUGUGUCUCUGGACAACAACAAUGUGACGGGUUCUCUGAUGGAAUCAUGUGUACUCAGUGUGAGCCUGGAUAUCAUUCCGGAGGAUACAACCAAGGCUGCAUUGAUUACAACUGCACGUUCGAAUCUGACUCCACGUGUGCAUGGACUGACGUCACGUCCGGUGAUGACUUUGACUGGACACUAACUUAUGGUGCCAGGGGUAAAUAUAUGUACAUCGGGACUAGCGGUUCUAGAAAAACAGGCGAAAGAGCUUGGCUGAUAAGCCCUAUGCUUCGCUCUACGUCAUUCACGGAAAAAUGCCUUCAGUUCGGGUACAGCAUGAACGGGCUAUCCAUUGGGAUCAUAAGUGUGUACAUGACCGCGAAUGGUGAGAAGCCCGGGUCUUUACUGUGGAGAAUGUCUGGUGACCAGGGGCAGGAAUGGAAAGGUGCUUCAGUAAAUCUGAGCUCUCUGGAGCAGUAUCAGGUCAUUAUUGAGGCGGUAGUUGGCAACAGUUAUUUCGGAGACAUUGCCAUUGAUGACGUUGCGAUUCUCCCGACAGCUUGCCAGCAGGAGAAGGGAUUGCUGAUUGGCUAAGAAUCAUGAUUUCAAAUCAAUUUAGAACAAUCGUUUAAUUCAGGGACCUAUACAACAUAGGUCCCUGUUUAAUUACGUCAUUCAUUAUUUUGUUAAUUGUUUGAUAUACAUCAAAAACAUAUAAUAUAAACAUAAGUCGAAAAAUCAUAAAAUGAAAAGCAUCGUUAUAUAUAUAUAUAUAUAUCAAAACUGGUUCUGUGUGUAUGAAUAUACAGAUGUAUUAAAGAAGACCUUUAGAAUUUGGG